AUUACGCCUACAGUGAAUGCAUUAAAUUGACGUUAUUCUCGGUUUAAAAUUAGGCCGCAUCCGAAUGCACUGGACGAUCUUGUAUUUCUUCGUUUGUUUGUCUCGUUAUUUAUUAAGCAAAAAACUACGUCUAAAUUCGUAACAGAAAUCCAUGGGACGUAUUCCUUCCUUCAUUCAUUAAUAUUGUUGUUAUAUGAAAUGAAAAACGUGCAUAUUUUACCAUGGUGUGUUAUUAAGGACUCCCCAAGGUGAAACAUAGCACACAACGCCUGCACGAGGUCUGUAAACACACACGGUUUUACCCGCGAAUACGAAAGAACAGAAACACAGGUGAGACGGGAGACGUCACGUGACCAGAGGUUCAACGUCCAGGUGAGACGGCGGGAGUCAGUCAGACAGCUGCUGCUCAAGACAGAGCACAAACAACAACGAGCUGGCAUGUAGUUCACGGAAUACACCUCUUCAUCAUGAAUUCAAGCGGAUUAACAGGCGAAGAUGAGGUUACUAUUUUAUCUUCGAUCUACGUCUCGGCUUUGGGUUUAAGUCUGAUAGGUAGUUGUUCUGUUGUGGUAGUUUCCAUCAUAAAGAGAAGGCAUCUCAAUGAACAGGCAAAGCCUCUGCUUCAGCUGGCGCUGGCAGAUUUCCUGGCAUCGCUUGUUUUGAUGAUCACCGCUAUAAUUAAUUUACCCCGUGAAGUUCUGUCAGUCAGUGCAAAGGUGUGCAUGUACGGACUGCCUUUGUCUCUGGCCUUCUACUCCAUCUCAUUUCUGCUUGUCAUCAUUUAUGCCUGUGAGUCAGCACAUGCGUUUCAAGGAUGGAGGGAAGAACCAAUGCAGGAAACCUUUGAAACCCAGUUAACACAGUUGUCACACAGGAGGAGGAGGUUUUGUCUGAUCUAUGUUAUUGCAUGGCUUGUACCAAUAAUCGGCUACUAUAUCUACAUUCGUACCGUCCAUUACAUGGAAGCUACUAUUACACAAGGAGAGAUGCCAACGCUGACAACCGUGAGCAGAGGAUCCUCCGCCAGGUUCUGCAACAGCUGCAUUCUCUUCCUGCAUCUCACAAAUGACUCCUGCGUAACAGUGGAUACAGUUCACGCCUUGUUCAUUCGAAUAUUCACAUUGUGCAGCGUGUUGAUAGUCAUCACCGUCUGCACGGUGGUUUACUGUAAGAUAGAGGGCUCUUAUAGGCGCUAUGAGAACACGUGCAUGAUCACGAUGACUCAGAGAAAUCAAGGUGGGAUUUGGUCUUCGGCUCGAUACAUGAUCCUUGUUAUCAUUUUCUGCUGGGCACCAGCUCUGCUUCUCAUCUGUCUGUCUUUCCCACAGCCUAGGAUAAAACCUCUCUUCCCUCUCUUCGUCUUACAGGCUCUGUCAGUGUCACUCCAGGGUUUCCUGAACAGCAUCGUGUACGCUUGGAGACGACGCAAUUUCAGGGAAGCCGUGCUCGGGGAACGUCUGCCUCUCAUGGCCUAUUCCAGCAGAGCCUUCUUUGACCAAUCAUUAAGUGAGCCAUCUUCAUGACACGUCACGCGUGUGAAAACGUACGAGUUUUCUCCCCCAAAUUGCUCAAAUGUUUCAUAUUUAUUUUUUAUAUGCGUUCGCGAUAAACACCGACAGGAAACGUCGUGCGUUUCGCCCCCUGCGGAACAUUAGUAUACUUGAAAUGCGUAUACUCGAGUGUCGAAAAGACAAAUUAAUAGUUGAUUAUUUUAAAACCAUACUCUUACUUUACCUUCAGCAGCUGUAUAUUUGAUGUUUGUUGUGUUCAUGUGCGGUUUUGUUCAAUAAAUGUCCGCGUAAUGAA